GAAGAAGUUGUAGUUUAAAAAUGGCGCUACCCGGUGCUUUACUCAUGCGGCUGAGAGGACUGAGCAAAGUCCCAAAAUGUGUUUAUAAAGGAGGCACGACAGCGUCCAACUGGACAACAGAGAUGCGGUGGUACACCACCAAACCCGGAAGCCUCGAGGAACCCGGUGCAGAGUUUUUCCAGACUAAACGAAAUAACCUCAACACAGAUCUCCUCAAGGAGUUUCCACAUCCGAAAAGCCUCUUGAGUAACACCAUCUCUCGCUCACUGGGAACCAGUGAUCUGUCCCGUCACAUCCAGUACAGUUACACUGAACACGCAGGGGUCAAGAAAGCUACUGUCACACUAUUGUGGCCCCACAGGAUCGAAGAGGAGGGUUUUGCCUCCAAGAAGAGCGAUGCAGAGCGAUUCGCCGCAGCUGCUGCUUGUCUCAAGCUCAAAGAAUUGGGUGUUAUUGGACCAAACAAUCAGCUCCCCAAGAGGAGAGCUGGUCGGGGGAGAGGAGGGAUACGUUCAACCUUUAAUGAUAUCGAGGAAGACCCUUGGACAGAUGACUUCCACUUGUCUAAAUCCAAAGCAGAUGCACCAAAACAAUCCCUGCCCUUUGUAGAAGACUCCUCAGGUGAUGAAGCUCUGUCCUUGUUUCCUCAACCUAAAUCUCUACUUAUCCGGGUCAUCCAGGUGGCCACGUCGUCUAACAGAUUCAAGGAGGUAAUGAAUUUCAGAACAACAGGAGGGAAGCAGAAGAAGUGUGAACUGACCCUGAGCUGGCCGGAGAAGAUGACGUUCACAGCCACAGCGAGCAAAAGAGUGACGGCAGAGAAGAAAGCUGCGGCGCUCGCGUGCAUGAAGCUGAAGGAGCUCCAGCUGCUGGAUAAAAACAACAAUCCGCUGACUCAUGCUAAGUACCACCAUGAUGAGGUGAGGCAGGCUGGGGACAGGGAGAGACGCCCCCUCCCACUGGAAAUCCCUAAAUACCUGGAGGUUAACAUGAGGGAGUAUCUUGAACAGUACCCAGUGGCAACAGAAGUACAGAAGCUAUGGGAGGAGAAAGAGGCAACCGGAGAGCAGACAAUAAACCAGGAGGAUGUCGACAAGGAGGAUGACUUUGUGACAGACGCCAUCACGGGCAGACGAUACAGACCUUUGUCCAAGCAGGAGGCCGAGCAGCUCAGCAUCCACCUACAAGAGGAGUGGGAGCAGUUGAACCCUGGACUGAGUGUGGAGCUCCCGGUGGACAGCCACCGUCAGAGGGUGGUUUCAGCAGUGCGAUCCUCUCGGGUGGUCGUGAUUGCCGGGGAAACGGGAUGUGGCAAAACAACGCGGAUCCCCCGUUUCCUGCUGGAGGAGUGUGUGAGAGGCGGGGAGGGUGCGAACUGCAACAUCCUGGUGACCCAGCCUCGUAGGAUUAGCGCUGUGUCAGUGGCGCAACGUGUUGCUGAUGAGAUGGGCCCAGCUCUAAAACGCUCUGUGGGAUAUCAGGUGAGACUGGAGAGCCGACCCCCUGAGCACAGCGGAGGAGCGUUGCUCUUCCUCACCGUGGGCGUCCUGCUGAGGAAGCUGCAGUCCAACUCGUCCCUGAAGGGAAUCAGCCAUGUGGUGGUGGAUGAGGUCCAUGAGAGAGACAUCAACACAGACCUGCUGCUGGCCUUACUGCGCUCCAGCCUGAAAGAGAACCCCGACCUACGAGUGGUUCUCAUGAGCGCUACUGGGGACAACCAGAGGCUGGCCCAGUACUUCGGAGGCUGUCCCAUAGUGAAAGUGCCAGGGUUCAUGCACCCGGUGAAGGACAACUACCUGGAGGAUGUGCUGAGACAGUUGGGACGCCGACUGCCAAUCAAGGAGAGAAGGGAGACAAACAAGCAGGGAGGAAGAGAUGAAGUUGCACCUGAUCUUGAUUUAGUAGCUGAUGUCAUCGAAAACAUUGACAAACAUGGAGAACCAGGUGCAGUGCUGUGUUUUCUCCCUGGAUGGCAGGACAUCAAGAAAGUUCAGGAGAAACUCGAGGAGAGGCCCCACUUUAACCGUGGCUCACAGAUGAUCCUGCCAUUGCACUCUAGUUUAGCAGUGGCCGACCAGCAGGCUGUGUUCCAGCACCCCCAAAGUGGCCAGAGGAAGAUUGUGCUUGCCACCAAUAUUGCUGAGACGUCUAUCACCAUAGAUGACAUUGUCCAUGUGGUGGAUGCAGGAACUCACAAAGAACAGAAAUAUGACCCACGGACCAAGGUCUCCUGUUUGGACACAUUUUGGAUAUCCCACUCGAAUGUCACUCAAAGAAAAGGGCGAGCUGGGCGAUGUCAACCAGGACAGUCCUACCACCUGUUCCCACGAGAACAACUGGAAUCCAUGAAUCCGUUCCCAAUCCCUGAGAUCCUGCGCACACCGCUGGAGAGUUUAGUAGUGCAGGCCAAAAUUCACAGUCCUAACUGCAAGGCUGAAGAUUUCUUAUCUCAAGUGUUGGACAGUCCAGAGCAAGAAGCUGUGAGAGAUGCUGUCCGAACUUUACAAGACAUAGGAGUUCUGGACAAGACUGAAAACCUGACGCCUUUAGGAGAGCGUGUCUCCUGUAUGUCAUGUGACCCUCGGCUGGGCAAGCUGCUGGUCCUGAGCGCCAUGUUCAGAUGUGCUCUGCCCAUGUUGUCUAUUGCAGCAUGUCUGACCAGGGACCCGUUCUACAACAGCCUGCAGAACAGAGCGCUAGUCAAUAAGGCCAAAGAGCGUCUGACUGGCUCCAGCCACAGUGAUUAUUUGGUGUUCAGCAGAGCAGUGUUGGGCUGGAAGAGAGUUCAGCAGGAGGGCAUGAGAGAGGACCGAGAGGAAUACCUGCACGAACACACUCUGUCCAGGACCGGCCUGCGCUUCAUCAACGGUCUCAUCUCUCAGUUCAGUGAGAACCUGCAUGAAGCUGAGCUGGUGUCUCGUGCCAGUGAGUGUCAGCGUCACAUGUCCCUCUACAAUGAACACAGCAACCAGGAUGAGCUUCUUAAAGCUGUGUUGCUGGCUGGACUUUAUCCCAACCUCAUUCAGGUGAAGAAAGGUGUCGUGACCAAAGGAGGACGUUUUCGUCCCAACGGUGUAUUUUUCCGAACCCUCACUGGACCGGUGCAUCUUCACCGCUCCUCAGUCAACAGAGGGAAAGAAGAGUUCCCUAGUCGCUGGUUGACCUACUUCUCUGCAGUCCAGACAGACGGGACCGUUUUCAUCAGAGACUCGUCUGUUGUCCAUCCACUCGCACUGCUGCUGCUCACAGACUGUGAUAUCACAGAGACAGUGAGAGGAGACAAAGUGGAGGUGUCAUUUCCCGGUCGCUCUCUGAUGCACUGUGAGUUGACGGCGGAGACGUGGGAGCUGCUGUGGGAGCUCCGCACCUCCGUCCAGACCAUGCUCUACCGAAAUCUCAGCAAUCCCAGCAACGCAAUCACCAACUCUUCUCAAGAUGGAAAGCUCAUAUCGUUGCUCGUCGGGCUGCUCAACAACACAGACUCAAGCUCUUUACCUCGGCAUCACUACAGCGACAGUGAGGUGGAUUGAAGACUAUGAGCUUUGUACACUUGUACAUCGGCUCCUCUGACUGGUACAGAGGAAGGAUCAUGGCUUCUUUUGUUUGUUUUUGUUUAAAUGUCCAAGUACUUUAGCUUAAUGUGCUGAACUGUGGGAUGUCCUCUGCUUCUUGAGGUAAAAUAUCAACUUGAACUGACGUGGGAGGAAUCCAUGGGUUUGGAUGUUGGACCUAAUUGUUCAUUAAUUUAAUUGUUCAGCAAAUAAAUUGAAAAGCAGUGGUUGUAUUUUUAUCUAACUAAUAAAGACAUUGUCUGGCCAGAGGUUAUUCAAAAUGACUGAAGUAAAUAUCAU